AUGUCGGCCUCGCAGGUGACACCGAAAGCCAACCCGGUCCAGUUGCCCGCCGAAAAGUCUCUUCCACCACCGCCUCCGUGUACCGACCACAGCGACAUCCAGCCCGGCCCUCCAUCAUCAGCGUUCCCGCACUACGCUUCCAACACCAUCAAGGCCCUUCCCGCACGACCCGCGCUCGCACGCAGUUUCACCGACCACGCGUCGUCCGAGUCCAAGCCUCUCAUCCAACACUCGGUCGCUCCUCUGGCUACCCGUUCCAAGUCGGCCGGCAACACUGCCUCCUUCCUCGACCUCGAUUCAGAAUCGCCCGAGGCUCAGUCCUUUCCGUCUAACGUCGAUAACGUCCAGCGAGGAGAAUCAGUCAGCCAAGCACCGAGCCAUCCAGAAGCCUCCCCGCAGCAGCCUUUCUAUUCGCCGGCCCUCAGCAUGUCGCAAUCGCCAAACCGCAGAUCUGCACAACUUGCUGGCACAACUACAGUCAUCACGUCCAGCUCCGAUCGUCGUGCACCGCGUCCAUCGCUUCCGGCACAAUGGAAGAGUGGCGCUCCCUUCGAAUCCAGUGCUGAUUUCGUGCCACCACGCUUCGCCGCCGCGGAUCCAGCUGCGCUCCCCGAGGCUGUCGGCUUCUCCACCCCAAACAGCUUCCACGACCACAGCGGUCAAUCGUCGCCUGCCAGCCAGAGACUCAGCUCGCAUCACACCUACUUUUCAUCCGACUACUCGCUCCGCAAUUCCGCCUCCACCCAUACCUCCAUCUGGACCGAGCCGAGCCUGGCUAGUGGCAACAACAGCCCUGCAUCCAGACAACACAUGCUCAAGGCCGAUGCUUCGCCAGCUUCAUUGCUACUUCGCAGUCACGCUGCCGCAGAGUCCACCGAGGAACUCGAGCUGGACGAGAGCAAGGUCGGUCUUGGCAUAACCUCGGAUGUCGAGCAUGACACCUCUAGCCGAAGGUCCAGCGCCGCUCUUGUUUCUCCUUCCCCGGUGCUUCCAGCUUCGGCGAAAGCAUUCCAAGGCCCUUUUUCGCACCACCGCGCUCCCUCCUGGACCAGGCGCUUGGACCUCGCUCCCUUGUCUGGAAUGCCGUCGAAUCAGCUCGAUCAGAUCCUCAACAUGCAGUCCAACGGAGGCGCGCGUGAACUCGGCCUCAGCGUGGGUGCUCACAUGCAAAGAGCGCUAAGCGAUGUCACGCCGGUAUCGGGGUCGAGCGCACAGAGUGGCGAUGCUGUCGCCAGCGCGCCUUCGUCCUCCUUGCUCGGACCCUCAAUCCCCCUGCGUCGCGACUCGCGCGUAAGGUGCUCGUCAGACUCCAUCAACUACCACCAUUCUACGCCUCCCAGGGCCUCGAGGCACUCUCCGUCGCUCUCCGUGUCGUCUUGCGCUUCCGUCUCGGGACGCUUCACGCCUGUGCUCACACCAGCUUCGAGUGGAUUCCUCGGCGGCGCCGACCUCAGCGCCCUGCAGAGCCCUCCUCGUUCCAGCUCAUUGCGCCACUCGCCUUCCGUGAGCUCUUUGCGCGGCUCGCCUUCUCUCGUACGCGAGCGCUCGCAGCGAACGCCACCCGCCCUCGCACCCAUCGUCAUGGGUCGAAGCUCCUCGCGUGCAGCUUUUGAUGGCGUUGCUGCACUCGACGAGGCUAGGAACCUAUCCGCUGCGGAUGCACACCAGACACUCGAUCCGGCGUCAGGGCGCGAAUCGCCCUCGAGUUCAUUCAGAGAGCCCUCUCUUCGCACUACGUCCGCCGCUUCGCGCACACGCAGGGCUUCCGACGUUUCCAUCAACAGCUUCCUUCAGAAUGCCGAGUUCAGCCACAUCGUCGGCGCGUACGCCAGUAGGAUGCGCUGGGAAGAAGGCCUCUACGACUUUGACGAGAGCGCCGAGACAGAAGGUGACGAGUCCAGGGCGGUCAAGACGGCCGAGGAAGGAAGCGCCACCAUCGUUCAAGGCCGUCAUCUCACCUUGGCGCAGAUCGAUGCCGAAACCGGACCCAACACUACGCAUCUCCUGCUCGGCGGCAAUGAUGCCGAGGGGCUCGCAGAGGUCCUCGAGCGCGUGCUGCCUCUUACCACCAAUCUUCUCGUGCUCGACCUCUCCAACUGCAAUCUGGAACGCCUUCCGGACGCGAUCGGCGCUUGCAUCGCGCUCGAGGAGCUCGACAUCUCGGGCAACGCCGUGGAGCACCUGCCCGACUGGAUUCUCAACCUCCGCGCUCUGAGGACGCUCUCUGCCGAUCGCAUCGGCCUCCACCACCUGCCAUCGAGCCUGAUCCAGCUGCAAGAACUGCAGCGACUCAGCCUCCGAAACAACGAGCUGGUUUUCCUCCCAAGCUGGCUGCACCGCAUGUCCAAGCUCAGCAACCUCUUUGUUGAGGGCAACCGUUUUGGUGGCCCCUGGCAAGACAUUGUGGCGCCCCUGCUCGGUGGCGGCACCGCUCGGAACGACAGUGCCGGCGAGGCUGUUCCACAGCAUCCCCAUGCAUCCAGCAACGGUGGUUGGUCCAGGCACGUGCGUCAACGCAGUUCCACCCAGAGUCCUUUGGGCGCAGUGCCCGAGCGUCCGCUCAUGAGCCGUCUGCGCAGCGCGAACGACCUCCAGACCAUGCUCAGCGGUCGACCCGGCGGGCAAGACUCGCCCAAGUCGAACCCUGACAUUUCAAGCAACGACAGCGGAUAUGUCAGUCCGGUCGAGGGUUUCGCCAGGCUUCCGACGACUGGGCGCGAGGAUCAAUACCGCCGACAAUCCAUCUCUGAGGAGCUUGAUCCAAGCGGCGCUGCGCAGACGCCCGGCAAGUGGGGCGGAUUCCUCAAGAAGAUCGGACGCAAGGCAUCGAGCCACAGGCUGGGCUCAGCAAAUCAAGAGGCGGAAACGACGAGCCCAAGCGAGAGCCGCUUCUCUUCGCCGAAGGCGAUGCGCAAGUCACUCAGGUCGUCCGGCAGCGUAGCGAGGCUCAAUUCGGCUUCGAGGAGCAGUGCGGCACAGCAGAUGACCGCAUCGCAAUCGGAGCCCUUGUCGCCGACGAUCGCACUCAGCUCGCUCAGCCUGGCAGCAGCUGUCGCAGAUGACGCCGCCGUCGGCCAUGCACCCAUGACGCCGCUCGAGGUUGAAGCGCCGAGCAAGCCUUCCUCGCCUGUCUCUCCGCCCUCGUCGGCUCUGCUGCAGCCCAUUUCGCUCGACGCUGAAGCCAAGAAGGCGAGGCGUCGCAGUUUCCUGCCGGUGCAUGCAUUCGCAUCAGCUGCCGCUGGUGUUUCAUCACCUCUGGCACCAGCAUUCGCUUCUGCAGCGGCCGGCACAGCUGAGGAAGAGAUGGACGAGGAGAGCCUCUCGAGACAUCGGAACCGACUGCGUGCGCUGAUGCACUACUUGCGCGACCUCGACGACCUGACGGCAGUGCGUACCGAGGCAGCCUCUUACGUCGGGCCUAGCAAGAGCACGCUCUCGCACCUGCGAGACGGAGAGAGCCUGUCGCGCACGGCGAGCAUGCACCGCGCCGAGUCGAGCAACCCGUCGACCAAGUCGCGCGACUCGGGAGGCGAGUAUGUGGCGAGCACAGCUGCCAGCUCGAUCUCGGAAGGUGCAUCGAGCGAGCCGACGCGGUUGAGCACGGCCCGAUGCAGCAAGGACGACUCGGUGAGGCGGUUCCGCAUCAUGGCCGAGAUCGUGUCGACCGAGCGUACGUACGUCAAAGGGCUGAGCGAGCUGGUCGACGUGUAUGUGCGGCCUGCCAUGGCGCCCGCCGACGGCAACAGCGGCGUUCCGGUCAUUCCUCCGAUGGAGCACCGCGCCGUGUUUGGCAACGUCGAGGCGCUCUUGCAGUUUCACCGCACUGUUUUCUUGCCUUCUCUCCUGGCGGUGACCAAUCCGAUUCUUGCACACGAUCAGGAGGCAGCAGGCGAUCUGUCGCCGGACGAGACGGCCGCGGUUGCCGAGAAGGUGGCUGCGGUGUUCUCGACGCACGCAGCGUUCUUCAAGAUGUACACGAGCUACAUCAACAACUGCGACUCGGCACAGGCGCGCAUCAGCGCAUGGAUGGCGCCGUCGUCGGCCGGCAACGGCGGUGGUUUGUCGCUGCGCGGGGCGCCCGGAUACAGCGCAUUGCAAGCGUUUGGAGCGCUUUCGGCACAGCAGGGUGCAGCAGCGGCCAUGUUUGCCAACGGCACCGGCAGCGGGCAAGCGGGCGGCGCAAGCGCGGGCUCGAGCAUCCUGGGCAGCGACUCGGCCCUGACACCUUCGCAGCGCAAGAAGAUCAGGACGUUCAUGAAGCGAUGCCGCACGCACCCGAGGCACACGCAAAUCAACGUGGAGAGCUAUCUGCUGCUGCCUGUGCAGCGCAUUCCACGAUACCGCUUGCUGCUCGAGGACCUGGUCAAGAGCACCGACACGGCGCGACUCGCGGACGGCGAUGCGCUCGCUACGGCGCUGGAGCACGUAACGCAGAUCGCGUCCAAGGUCAAUGAGAGCAAGCGCCAGUCGGAGCAGGAUCGACGGCUGCUGGCGUGGCAGUAUCGCAUCCGCGGACCGAUCGAAGGCCCGCUGGUGCAGCCUCAUCGUCGACUGCUCAAGGAUGGUACUCUGCAGCUCAAGCGUACGGUGCGCCGCAUCCCGGGCUUUGUGCGCUCGAGCCGGAGCGCGUCGGUGAGCGGUGCGCGUCCAGCCGACGGCGGCCCAGUCUCGACCCGCGGCUCGGAGCAGGUGCUGUCGGCAGACCAUCUGCAGCAGACCACCGAGGACCAGAGCAUGGCGCUGAUCCUGUGCAGCGACGUGGCGGUGCUGUGCGUGGACCAGUCGCAGGGCCGAGAUGUGCAAGCGCCGGUGCUGCUGCGGUCGGUGCUCAAGCUCACGCGGCCGGUCGAGAUCCUGGGCGGCGUGAAUCUGCGUCUGGUGGACCGCUCCGAGAUCCUGUAUCUGGCUGCUGGCUCGCCCGACCAAGCCGUGGCGUGGAAGACGGCGUUCGACCUUCAUUUCUACCAGUGA